GUCUGGGCUAUGGUGGCCAUAUUAAGUUUGGGCAAAGACUUCGUUUCUGGGCUGCGUUUCCGCCGCCCGCUUCCUGCUGAAGGCAGUCCGCUAAACUCCGAGGGGUCAGGACGAGAGAGAGCGAGCGGAAGAGUUCAGCGCUCGCCGUGGGGAUUGAGCUUAAAGCCACAAUUUGAACGAAUGAUUCCGACAAUUUCCGCGGAAGCCUUGGAAUCCCAAUUGACAGGGACAACAGGAUCUUUGAAGGGUACUACCUAAUCUGAGGUGCCCUCCUUCUCCGGUCCAUUUGCUAACAGUAUGGCCUUUUUGAACUUGGCUGCUGGAAGGCGAUUAGCCAUCUGUCUGCCCAGCAGCUCCCCCCAUUCCCGUGCUACUGUUGGUCCUCAGCAGAAAGCAUCCCUAUCUGGCUGUGAGGAAGUGCCCUGGCUGGGAGGGAGGAGGAUCAGGUACAUGAAGUUUAAAGCACCACAUGGCUGGCAAGAAAUCAUCAGGCAAGUCGGACGGCACACCUUUCAUUUCAGCACCCGGAAGGCAGAGGCAGGAGGAUCUCUGUCAGCUUGAGGCCAGCCUGGUCCACAGAGGGAGUUCCAGGACAGCCAAGGCUACACAGAGAAACCCUGUCUCGAAAAACCAAAAAAAAAAGAAAAGGAAAAAGAAAUCAUCCGGCGGGCAGCCACUGCUGUUUCUGGGGCUGUUGGUCACUGUAGCUGCCAUCCACCUUGUGGCCUGUCCCUAUACCAAGGUAGAGGAAAGCUUCAACCUGCAGGCUACACAUGACCUGCUGUACCACCAGCUGGAUAUAGACAAGUACGACCACCAUGAGUUUCCUGGAGUCGUUCCCAGGACGUUCCUUGGGCCACUGCUGAUUGCAGUGUUCUCCAGUCCUGUGGUUUAUGUGCUUUCGCUGUUGGAAGUAUCCAAGUUUUAUUCUCAGUUGACAGUCAGAGGAGUCCUUGGACUUGGUGUGAUUUUUGGACUCUGGACAUUACAAAAGGAAGUAAGACGACAGUUUGGGGCCACGGUGGCUGCCAUGUUCUGCUGGAUAUCAGCCACACAGUUUCACCUCAUGUUCUACUGUACGAGGACACUCCCCAACGUGUUGGCCCUGGCUGUGGUUCUGCCAGCCCUCACAGCCUGGCUGCAGCAUAGGUGGGCCCUCUUUGUCUGGCUCUCAGCCUUUGCCAUUAUUGGCUUCAGGGCUGAGCUGUGCAUGCUGCUGGGCCUUAUGCUGCUGCUGACCUUGUACCAAAGAAGAUUGUCUGUAGCCAGAUUGUUCCAGCACGCCAUCCCAGCAGGGAUUCUCUGUCUGGGACUGACGGUUGCUGUGGACUCCUAUUUCUGGAGAUACCUUGUAUGGCCAGAAGGAGAGGUGCUUUGGUACAACACUGUCCUGAACAAAAGUUCCAACUGGGGCACCUCCCCGCUCCUCUGGUAUUUCUACUCUGCCCUGCCCCGAGGCCUGGGCUGCAGCCUUCUCUUCAUCCCCCUGGGUGCAGUGGACAGGAGGACCCAUGCACUGGCCCUGCCAAGCCUGGGAUUCGUGGCUUUGUAUUCACUCCUGCCGCAUAAGGAACUGCGGUUCAUCAUCUAUACCUUCCCUGCACUCAACAUCAUGGCUGCCAGAGGCUGCACCUAUGUCCUGAAUAACUAUAAAAAGCCUUGGCUGUACAAGAUGGGAACUCUGCUUGUUAUAGGACACAUCAUGGUAAAUGUGGCAUAUACAGCCACAUCCCUUUAUGUAUCCCAUUUCAACUAUCCUGGUGGUGUUGCGAUGCAGCGGCUACAUGAGCUGGUGCCCCCCCAGACAGAUGUUCUUCUGCACAUUGAUGUGGCUGCUGCCCAGACAGGUGUGUCACGGUUUCUACAGGUCAACGAUGACUGGAGGUAUGACAAGAGGGAAGAUGUCCAGCCUGGAGCAGAGGGCAUGCUGGACUACACGCACAUCCUCAUGGAGGCAGCACCCAGGCUCCUGGCCCUCUACAGGGACACACACCGUGUCCUGGCCAGUAUUGAGGGCACUACAGGUGUGAGUCUGACUCUGACCAAACUGCCACCCUUUGAUGUCAAGCUGCAGACAAAACUGGUGCUUCUGGAGCGGCUGCUUAGGCCGGCCUGAGAGGAUGGGAGUUCACCAGGAGCAUCGAAGUGUGGUCACCCUUCUAACUCGGUGAAGACAGUUCAGGAAAGCAAAGCAAAGGACCAAGGACUCCCAGCAUGCCUCUGGUGUCGGCCUGCAGCAGGCUGGGCCCUGCCAUAGCCACACCUAGGGCACAGGGUGGAGAGAAUGUGGAGCCCAGGACACACCACCAAGUGUGAUGGUGGCCUGCUCAGACUUGUUUGCCAUGGUUAGGUGGUCCACAGGAUCGUUUAUAUUCAAACUGGGAAGCAUUCAUAACCAAGAGGGGACAGUGAGCCAGGCAAGAACACCCUGCCACCCUAGCUCU